UCUAUGUUAAAAUGACAAUUUACUGAAUUCAAACUUUUAUUGGUCUUUACUGCAAUGUUAUUCUGUGAUAGAGAAAUAAUCUUAAACUUUAACUAACCAUUAUAAACAAAAGUCAAAAUUCAAUUGGUCAAUAUAAUACUCAAAAUCAAUUGGUUCAGUGUCUCAAUUAAAAUGUUAACUAGAUAAUAAGCACUUGAUUCUUCAACGUUUAUUUUUGUUAUUGUUACCGUUGUUACCAUUGUGUUUUAUAAACACAAGGAUUGUAUAAUCAAAUGUUUACCGAGAAGAAAUCAUCGUUCAGAAUCUACUAUGCAAUUCUGAAAGCAUUCGGAUUAACAUUUUGUAUAAUUUUCAUAUUACAAAUAUAUUUCAUGCGUACAACUGUCAAAUAUGUUACCUUACGAAAUCGCACUGAACAAGCAAUUAUUGUACGCAAUAUGGCACACAUUAACUGCAAACACACAUGUCGUACUAUUUGUAAGAAUAUUGACAGUAUUCCAUCGAGUAAGGUGAGUGCAUUGAAACCAAUUGGGAAAAUGCCAUUCAAUGGUGAAUUCAAUGAAGAGAUGAACCCAAUCAACGACACAUUUUAUUCACAUGAUCUUGGUGGCGGUUGGAUGUUUAAGGAGGAGACGACGAAUUGCAACAAUGUUCCACAAUCCGGUGUAGCAAUCAUCAUUGUUUGUAGAGAUAGAUGGAAACAACUGAAUAAUACAUUGUCCGCUCUGAUUCCAGUUCUCCAGAGACAACAUUUGUGUUAUCAAAUAUUUGUUAUUGAACAACAGGGUACUGGUAUUUUGAACAAAGCUCAGUUGAUGAACAUUGGUUUUAUUGAAGCACGUAAACGUUUCGAUUUCGACUGUGUUAUAUUUCAUGAUGCCGACUUAAUACCAUUGGAUGAUAGAAUACCACAUGGUUGUGAUGAAGAGAUGAUGGGGAGUGUGGUUCAUUUGAGUGUUGGAGUGAGUUCAUGGAAUUAUGUUUUACCUUACCAAUCAUUGAUCGGUGGUGUUUUGAAAAUAUCGACUUCACACUUUAUACAGGUUAAUGGUUAUUCGAAUAGUUAUUGGGGUUGGGGUGGAGAGGACGAUGAUUUGGAGAGGCGACUGAAAGCAUCAAAAAUUAUGUAUAAACACAUUGAAACGUCAAUAGGCAGAUAUCUGGCUCAGCCUCACACUAAACAGGUUCGAGCGAAUAGACGUUUAGUACUUGAUUCAGUAAGAAAUGCUGCCAGUCGUAUGUUCACUGAUGGAUUGAAUUCUGUAAAAUAUGAAGUUUCAGCCUAUUCUGAGAAGCAACACUACACACAUUUUUUAAUUACAUUAAAAUAA